GGAGCUUUACGUUACAUGAUCACCAAGCAAUAGUUUCCUGUGACAGAGAUAAAGGCAGAUGUUUUCAAUUGAGCUCGGAAACUGUGUUCAUUUACGCUUGGUGGGGUGUGCAGGGGCGCUAUUGUUUUUUGAUGACUUCCCCUACCCCCAUCUACCCCCUUCUUUCGGAUAGGCGGCGAAUUGAACCCCUGCAGACUAGAGUCCACCUUCAGUUUUUCGGACUUCCUCGAACUUUGUCAAACUUAGCAGUAAGUUUGACGCGCGAUCUUUAUUCUCUGGCCUCCAGAGGCUGAAAUACGGCUCGACUCUUCUCACACUGACUCUGUGUAGGCUUUUGGCUGCUUUGUUUUUAGACAAUGAAUUGCCAGCCACCUUUCCCUGGAGUACAGUUAUCAGUUUUAUUUAUCAUAAGCUUUUCUAUCGCUCAUGGAUAUCCGUCAAGUCUGUUUCAAGGCAGCGCAUAUUCAGGAGCCGUUCACAGACACAGAAAUAAAAACUGGUGCGCUUUUAUUGUCCAAAAGAACGUAAGCUGCGCAGUUCAGGGCAGCGUGGAAAGUCACGUUGAACCUGAAGCCGCGCGCUGUCCCGAGCAUCAGCCUGACUGUGAGCCACAAAUGAUAUACCGUACUCGGUUUCGGCCGACUUACAAGAUAGCAUACAAGACUGUGACUGAGCUAGAAUGGAGGUGCUGCCCAGGAUACCAGGGCCCAGACUGCAGAGAACUGAAAGGCUCUCCAAAUGGACAGACAGCAUAUCCACAAUCGUACCCACAGCCACAGCAUGGACAAACUCGACCUGCAAUAAGGCCAGAACGUCGAGAAAUUGGACAAUAUGAUAUCAGACGAACAGCUGACAAAACCCGCAUAUUGGAGGAAGAAGUGCAGCGCCUUUCACAGACAGUUCUGGAUCUUCAAGCAGCCAUGACAGGUAUGGCUGAGAACCUGAGGACAGACUUACAGGAGGACACCAGCAAGAUGCUCAUUACCCUCCUCAAUGACAGGACUUCACCUGACAGCGCAAGAACAGGAGGCACGGAGGAGAGUGUGGUGCAUCUGGAUGGCCAACAGGCAAUGAGAGGCCACACCCAUGGAGAAAGAGAAAUGGAGACAUUGUUGGCCAGGCUCAACGAUAUGACAGAUGCUCUCAAAAGCAAAGAUGAAGCUCUUGAGGAACUGCGGGGAACAGUGACAGGGCAUGACAGGCAGAUACGAAUGCUUAUGGAUAGUUCCUCUCAAGCCCUACCAGUCACAGGUGCUGCUGCUCCAGAUAUAGACACCCUUCAGACUUAUAUUGAUGGGAAAUUUGAGAAGCUCAAGAAGGAACUUGUUGUAAACAUGGAAGAAGAGAUGGCCAAGCUGAAAAAUGCAUGUGAUGAAAAGAUUCAGUCUCUUCAAAAAACAUGUGAAGACGGAAAGGACAGCAGCUAUGUGAGCCUUACUGAUCUAGUGCACAACAAGGAAGCUGAGCUUAGAAAGGAGAUCCGUGAGCUCCGGUUGGAUUUGUCCAUGUCAGAUGGUGUAGUACGCACAAACAGACAAACAACCAUUGGAAAAGAUGAUGGUGACUACGAUGACUUGAAGAGGGAACUUAUUCGAGUGGCAGAGGCCCAUCGUGUCCUUAAUGCCAGAGUGGACAAUGAGCUAGACCAUUUGUCCUCACUGAAGAUAGAAGAUGUACUCAGUUCGCAAUUAGAGGACCUGGAGGACAGGAUGAACGUCACUGAGAGGAACGCGGAGACUUAUUGCUUCUAUGUGGAUGAAAAACUUACCAAGGAAAUUAAGGAUGAAGUAGCUAUGCUUCGUCAACUCCUGGAUCAGAAACUCAAUGCUGUGCAGGAUCAGUUCACUUCCAUGUUGAUCAAAAUGAGCAACAACUCCUUCCCGGAAAUGUCUAGCGAUUCUGUCGAUGCACUGCAAAUUCAAGUCAAUGCUAACAGGUACCUUAUAAAGGGGUUGGAGGAUAAGUUUAAUGCAAUUGGGCAGAUAUGCUCAACCGACUGCAAAACCAACCUACCCACUGAUUCCCAAAAGCCAGAAGGUCUGGAUAGUCUUGUAAAGGACGUAAGACUUUGUAGAAAUGAUCUGGAUGUCUUACGUUCUGAUUUUGUGAACAACAUAGCAAGGCUUCACGCAUUAGAGGAUACUGUAAAAAUGUCACCUGAAAAACAGUUUAUUAAUGUACAUAUACAGGACACCCGCAAAAGAAUUAAUGCUUUGACUGACAAUGUUAAUGGCUUGACUGGAACUAUAACGGGAUUGGGAGACACAGUUAGCAAAUUUAGCCAAGACCUUCACACAUUGAACUCCUCAUGUUGCCAGCAGGUAAGCAGUUCCCCCCUUUGGGUAGAAACUGGUAAACCAAGCCACAACCAGAUGAAGGAGCUAAAAGACCAAGUGGAUGCACUGAAUGCUCGAGUGACCACGGAGUUGAGUGUGUGUAAGUUCAACACAGCUGGAGUAGUUGAAGAUGUCUCAGCGGUGGACGAUAGGGUGACUGCUCUGGAGAAGAUCUGUGGAAGCCUUGAUGGUGACAGGAACAAUAUCCAGGGCCUUUCAGGGGAAUUGGAGAGUAAGGUGGCACAGAUGAACAGCACUCUGGGCAGUCAUUCAGGAGCGAUCACAGCUCUUCAAAACUCCCUCCUGAAUUUUCAGAGUCAGCUAGCAGGAAUGGCUAAGCAGAUCCAUAAGGACCAUGCUAGUAGAGAUCAAGGACUGCCUGUUCGGCAAGAGAGACCUGCGUCUGGCCCUGACACUCGAGCUCCUACACGACCCAUGAGACCUUACGUUCCUCACAUCCACAUACCUUUGAUCAUACCACACAGAACAGUGCCAGCCCCCACUGGCCGUCCUCAUGUGCGCCAGCCACACGUCCCACACCAGCCCUACUUCCCUCAGCCACCAGGCAGCCCCAGGCAUCCCAUCCACCCCGUACCACCCCACCAACCUGCCGUACACCAGCCAGUGGUGGUCACAGGGCAAGCCGGCCCACCUGGGUAUGUGCACAGGGUCACGGUCAGACGGGAUCAAAGCUCAGACGACUCAAAAACACCUUUGAAAGGAUUUGCAGGUGCUCCAGGUUAUCCUCCUGUCAAUCCGGUCUCAUAUAAUACAAAACAGUCUCAGCCAGAAGCUGCCCAUGUCCCAUGGAAUCCUGCAUAUCAAAGAACCAUUGCAACUCCAGUGUCACAGCAGAAUUCCUUGACAGAUCCAUUUUCUUUCUCUGCUGGCCUCACACGGCAGAUGUUCUCAGGGGACUUCGGUAUCAUUCGCUUUGAUAGGGUGCUCGUCAAUGAUGGAGGACACUAUAACCCUCAAACAGGGAUCUUUAGGGUGCCCGCUGAUGGCCGUUAUCUGGUGAGCGCUGUUCUAACAGCUCCGCGGGGUGAGCACGCAGAAGCCGUGCUCUCAGUGUCCAAUCGCAGCGUGCAGAAGUUGGACACAGCGGGUUACUGGAGUAGCCACCCACGGCUGACCCAGGAUCAGUGCAUGUGUGGGGGGUCUGCGUCCUUUAGCCUCAUCCUCCCUCUCCGGCAAGGUGACACCGUGGCCUUGGUGCGCACUGCCGGGAAACUGGCGAUCUCUGAUUCUAGAGAGAUCCUCUCCACCUUCAGCGCUAUAUUCCUAUACUCGCCUCAAGCCAAGAGAUAACCCUGUCACUGAGAGGGGUGCUAACGUGACUUUUAACGCAAGUCUAACUAUUCACAAUGCUGCCCCAUUUGGAAAGGUGCGGUCACAUUAACAAAAUUUCUGCAAGAAUAGAGGCAUAUUGGCAUAACCAGCUUGAAUCCAUUGCGAAAUCUUUAUGGGAAAAACUUCCCAACCAUGUGGAUUCCCAUUGAAAUCACUGGAUUUGGUUUGCGAAAAUUUGCAGAACGGUAAAUGUGACCGCACCUUGAGACUUGUGACUAUGCAAUAGAAUUUGGCUUUGGUUAUUUAUCAGACACAAUACGGAGUUAUUUAGAUUUUUAAAAGUGGAAUGUGUUGGUGGUAAAAAGUCAAUCACGAAUGCACUCGCACAAUCACGAAGAAAAAGAGCAUAGCAUUUGAUUUUAGUAGUAUAUGUGCAACAAUCUAUAUAGUUUUUUUUUAUUGUGAUCUUAAAAUAUCUAUAAAAUGUAAAAGGUUUAUAUAUUUUUUGCAACGUUAAAUUAACAAAUGCGUAUUUUUUAAUCUUUAAAAACUGGUUCAACAGUUCACUUUGAAUAUCACUUCUUUUACAGCCAAUAUUUUGAUCUAUAAAAAUAAAUAAAUGAACUACCAUGAUUUUGCGCAUUUUGUUUUAAAUGCACUUUGGGUAAGACAAUAAAACAAUUAUAGAUACUGUAAAAUACACAUUUGGGCUUGUAAAUUAAAAACGGAUCUAUCAUCUUUUGCAGUAAGCCUACAUUAUUUCACAUUUAAAUAAUACAUUUAAAAUGAGUAAAAACAAUAAAAGUAAUUCUCCACAAACUGGGUUUUUGUGCCACAUAUUAAACUUACACUAUACACACCCUGAAGACUUAAGCAAAGCAAUUAAAUUUACAUUCAUUGUGACAUCAACAACUUCUCAGUGCUAUAAACAGUCCACCCAGCUGUAUUAAAUACAUCUUUAAUAGAUUCAUAAACAUUGUCCAAACCAUAGAUAGUUUUUUUUUUGUUUUGUUUUUUAUAUAGUACAAUUAUGCAUUUAAAGGCAUUUAUGCUGGUCAAACACAAACCUAUAACGCAAAAGCGAGAAAUGCACCAACCCAUUCGAGUACAACUACAAAAAAAAGCA